GAGGCCGGGGCCACCUAGUCGUGGAAGCCGGCCCGAAACCCUGCGGUGGCCGCUGCUUCUCACCAUCCCCUCGGCGCUUUCGGGAAGGGGCUCGCCUUGCUUGGGCUGGGAAUGCGCCUUCCUGCGCCAGCUGCCCAUGGAGGAGGUGGCCGCACUGAGCAACGCUUCUGCCGCGCCCGGCAACGGAAGCGCGGGGAGCGGGCAGGGGACGGCACCCACGGACCUCGAGGCGGCGCGGUGGGGCUGGUCGGGGGCAGCGCUGGCCUCGCAGGGCCUGCUGCUGCUCGCCAUCUUCGCGCUUUCCACGCUGGGCAACGGCGCCGUGGUGGUGAUCAUCGCUCGGCACCGGCAGCUCCGGACAGUUACCAACGCCUUCGUGCUGUCGCUGUCGCUAUCCGAGCUCCUGGAUGCCCUUCUGUGCCUGCCCUUGGCCUUCGUCAGCCUCUUCAGCGGGCGCCCACAUGGGGCCUGGCUCUUCGGGCGCCGCCUCUGCUUGGCCAGCGCAACCCUCCACGCUGGCUUGGGCAUCGCUGCCACCCUGACGAUGGCCCUGCUCUCCUUUGACCGCUACUGUGCCAUUGUCCGCCAACCACUGCAUAAAAUGGGCCGCCGAAGAGCCUCGCAGCUCCUGGCUGCUGUGUGGUUGGCUGCCCUGGGCUUCUCAGGACCUUGGUACUUGCUGGCCCAGGAGGAGGAGGAAGAGCAGCCUGUCGGCUCAGACCCCCCUACCCCCUACCAUUGUAUGUAUGUGCUGCCUUGGGGCUCUUCCCAUUUGGGGCCCCCUUAUAGUGCAACCUUGAUUGUCCUUUGCUACCUGCUGCCCUUUGCCCUCAUGUGCUUCUGCCACUACAACAUCUGCCGGGCAGUGCGGCUGAGUGAGAGCAGGGUGCGCCCACUCACCACUUAUGGGCACCUUCUGCGUUUCUAUGGUGAGAUGCGCACGGCCACCACCGUUCUAAUCAUGAUUAUCUCCAUCAUCUGCUGCUGGGGCCCUUAUUGUAUUUUAGGCUUGGCUGCUGCAACGGGACACUUCUCCUUUUCCCCCAUCAUAGACACUGUGGUAAGCUGGAUGGCCUGGGCCAACGGUGCCAUUAACCCUCUCAUCUAUGCCACCCGCAACCCUAACAUUUCUCUUCUUCUUGGGCGCAACCGGGAAGGAGGCUAUCGGACUCAAAAACCUGUGGCUGCCUAUUUGGCGGCUGUUCAGGGUCAUCGGCUGGAGAGCAAGAGCCGGGCAGAACGCUAUGCCAGCUAUGGGCAUGGCAACAGCAGCAAUGUAAAGAAUACUCUGACCUGCUCCAGUCCAGGCACUGGUAGAGAAGUGGCUAUGUGGGCUUUUAAGAACCCAGCUGUUCUUUUCUGCCGUGAUGCACAACCUGGUUCAGCGUCUGAUGUGGGCUUGCCACACAAAUCAGGCAAUAUUGAUACUUGCCUUUGAAUCAAAAUGGCUACAUGAAUUGGAAUUAGUUUGUUGGCAAGACCAAGGUUAAUCAGAUGUAUGUUACCUGAUGGGGAGAAUAACAGAACUUGGAAAAUGGGCAUGUGAAGCAAAGAGAUCAAAUUAAUGCCUGGUCUUCUGAAUCUCACAUCUGCUUUUUAGUGGUUUAUGGCAGUUUCAUUUUUGCUACAUAUGGUCUCCUUGAGACCAAGAGUUAAAAGCUAUAGGGUUGGAUUUGAACAUUUACUAAGUGAUGAUUUAACAAUACUAUAUGGCUGUAUCCAUGAUAUACUGACUUGCACACUAGCCAAGCACAUAUUAACCUAGUGUGUUGUGUGAAUUAGAAAACUGGAUUGAGAAAAUCAUGGCUUAAUAUGCUGGGCAAACAUAAACUGAGCUAAAGGAUAAAUCAAGGAUUCAAGAGAAAUUAGAGAUGCCUCAUUCCCAGAAUAACAAAAAAGAGGUGAAUCACUUGAGGAAAGUUGAGCAUUGCAGGAUCAUACUCCUAGACUGGAUAUGUGAAAGAAAAUAUUACUCAUCAUUAGGCCUGCUGUCACAAACCCUGUUGAGUAAGCUGGUCUGUUGAUGAAGUAACAUUUUCGCAGUAAUGAAAUAUCACAGCUUAAGUACAGAAAAAAUGACUUCUAAAUUUUACUCAUUUAUAGUGUGCUUUUUUGACAAUUUAUUGCGACAAUUUAUUGCUAGUGUACCUUCAGAAAAUAUUUUGUAUAGUUAAAAAUAAAUAUGACUAUCCACCAAAAUUUUGAACACACCGAUUAAGGUUCCAGUGAUUUCAAUAGGAGACAUUUGCAGCAGAAUUCUGUGUAUGUUUCCUCAAAAGCCAUUAUGUGUAUUAAUUCUCAUUGAAAUCAGUGGGGCCUGAAAAUUGCUUAUGUGGAUGAUGCCAUGUUCAGAGUGCGUUCCUUGAACUCUUGUACUGGUUGAUAAUAAGUCAGUGUCUGUUGGAGUCUGGUGUCAUCUAAGUCAGAUAAAUGAAUGAAUGGAAUGAAUGAAUGAAUGAAUGAGGGAGUUAAUGGAUGAAUGAGGGAGUUAAUGAAUGUUGGACUAAUCUCUAAGAGUACAUCCAAACCUGUAAUGCUAUGAUUUUUAAGAACUCGAUAAGAAAGCAAAUUCUUGUUUGUGACAUUUUCGGAUUUACUGCACUGUAAUUAGUUUGUCUGGAGUGGACCAUGAAUUUUUUCCAUAGAAGCAUUUUUUAGCCUUAGUUUUACACAACACAGUAUUCAUUAUAUCGAGAACUUCAGAGUUUCAUUGAAUGGAUGGAUAUGAUUAUGAGUAUUAUCCUUCUAAACCUGCUCCAUCUUUUAUCCCAGCUAGGUUCAUAUGCACUGUACUUGAUGAAGCUUGCCUAGGCUGAUCUGAGGAAGCUUACAAGCUAUAUAUACAGAGGGAUCCUCAGUUCAGCAAAUGAUUCACUAAUCUACUUCUUCCAUUGAGAUAAAUCAGACAGCUGUUUAAAAAAGUGCCUUGCCAAAAGAAUGGAAAAGAUUGUAUCUAUGCAACAUUGGAGGCAGGAAUUGAGUGGCUACAGGACUCGACACAAAAAUAAAUCUACAGUAUAAAUGGGUUGUACUUGAUCAGUUGUAUGCACACAACUCUGCAACUCUUUUUUUCCCACUGAGUUAAGAGUCUCCUCUUUGGGUAGUUUUUCCGGAAAUCAGUUUUACUAAAUUGUUUGGAAAAAGAAAACCACUGAAACAAGAAGUUUAAACUAAUACAUUGAAAUCUUUCUCUACCUUAUUGCUUGAGAGUUCUAUUUUGGAUUUUUCCUCGUAAUGAAUUUGAACUUCAUUUAAGAAAAACAGCUUAGAUUGGUAUUUUCUGUUAUGCAUCUUUCUAUUACGUUCUGUAAUUUUCAUGGCUGCCUGAAGUUCUUGAUUGGAAAGACUGGGUGGAGUUCGUUUUGGUUACAUUAGAAGUAAGG